AUGGAAGAAAUCGAAUACCUGCCAGAGCAGUUAGAGCAAGAACAGCGCCGACGCAAACCGGCUGAAACUCGCGAAGUCGAACAACAAUCGCAACGCGAAGAGCAACGCCAGCGCCAAGCCGCUGAAGAAUGUACGAGUGCGCCGCAUACACUCGGACACAUAUCACUGGGUGUUCAUAGUUACGAAGCCUCCAAAGCCUUCUACAAUGUAGUGUUAGCGCCGCUUGGUCUAAAGCUCGUGUAUGAUAGCAUGGCGACUUCAUCACGGACACCACGCACACUUGGCUAUGGCCCGGAUCCGGACCACGAGCUUGUUAACCUUUUCGAAUACAAGGAUACAGCAGUGCCGGGUCUGGGAUUUCACGUCGCAUUUAAUGCGCCGACCCGACAGGCUGUGCGGGAUUUCCAUAGGGCAGCAGUAGGAUGUGGUGGAAAGAGCAAUGGCGAGCCAGGACUGAGGAUACAUUAUGGCAUGAAUUAUUAUGCGGCCUUUGUUACCGACCCAGAUGGAUGGAAGUUAGAAGCUGUUUGCAAGUCGGAGGAACAGGGAGAUCGUGUACACAAUUAG